AUGAAGGCCUUGACAGACUCAAUUCAGGCUGAUUCUAUUCGGUCAUCUACACGCGCUGUUAUUUUUCUUGCCACUCCAUUCAGUGGCACAUCAUUUGGAAAGAUAGCAUACUGGGUAAAUCCCAUUCUAUCAGUCCAAGCUUGGCUGAUAGGUGCUCGAUUGACUCCACGUCAUGACUAUGUUGAGGGUGGGAGGUGGGAGGUGUCCAACCUUACUCACAAGUUCGUCCAACUUGGCCUCAAUCAAGACUAUUCUAUCUUUGUCUUCUAUGAGACACUGCCCACAAAUCUCCUGGCCAAAUAUCUUCCACAGGCACUCCGUUGGUUAUCCAAGGAUGAAUUGCUUGUUGAUAAAGGGUCUGCUGUCCCUCCUAUGGCAGAGAAUCCGAUACCCCUUAACCGUCGUCACACAAAGAUGCAUAAAUUUCUUCACUCUGAAGAGGCGGACUACAAGCAAGUUGCCGAUCGGGUUCAAAAGUGUCUGUUGAAAAUAAGGGAGGGAAGGCCACUCGAAAUGAUGGACAAGGAAUUGAAAAAAUACUACGAGGCCGACAACAGACUCAAGAUUGAACGCCUGUCUGGUAAGAUGUUGCCGAUGGAUCUAUGUUACAUCAAUCUUACUAUCGUGGAACAAACCACUGAGAAAAUUGGGAUCUCAAAGAAUGCUGGAGGUGCAAAAGCAGCUUCGCUCUUUUCACUCGCCACUCGAGUGGGAGUAGAAACCCUAGGUGAUAACGUUCAGGUUGAGCUACAAAAUGUCUUCAAAGGGCGAAACGGACGACAAGCACCAAGAAAGAUAUUGAUUCGCGGUCGUGCUGGUAUUGGAAAGACGACAUUGUGCAAAAAGAUGGUCUAUGAUUUCAUCCAUGCUGAUCUUUGGAAGAAAGACUUUGACCGUAUUUUUUGGUUACCUCUACGGAAACUCCAAUGGAACUCCAAGCUCACAGAUAUGAAAAAUCUUUUUUGCCAUGAAUACAUCUCUGACGACUCAGGAAAGGAAAAGGAAGACCUCGCUCGCGAAGCAUGGGGUGCGUUGAAGCCAGGCUAUGACAGAACACUUUUUGUCCUUGAUGGCUUGGAUGAGGUCUCAGACAAAUUGCAUGAUGGUCAGGUUAUGAUCAAACAGCUCAUGAAGUUACCCUACGUGAUUGUGACUUCUCGCCCACAUAUGUCACUUCCAACUUGGCUAGGAGAUACGGAGAAGUUUGAUCUUGAGUUGGAAACCAUUGGGUUUCAUCCCGAUCAGGUUGAACGCUAUGUUUCACAAUAUUUUCUGGACUCUGAAGUCACUGAGACUGAUACGAUCGACCCGGAGGAGAUUUUGUCGUUCCUUAAAAAGCACCAGUUGAUGGAGAGUCUUAUGCGCAUCCCGAUUCUGCUUGAUGCCUUGUGUUGGACUUGGAAGGACUUCAACCCGGAAGAUCAGAUCCCUCGGCCCCAAACAAUGACUGAAAUCUACAAGGCUAUCGAAUCCCGGCUUUGGAACAAGGAUCUUGCGAACCUGGAAAAGAUAAGAUGGAGCCAAAGGCAUAUGACCCUGCCAGACGAGCAUCGCAAUCAUAUUGAAAUCGAAACAUUGAUGCUAGAGCGCCUUGCUCUCACUGGAAUGUACAACAACGUCAUAAAUUUUGAGACAAGACACCGCAGUAAGAUUUUGGCAGGAUUCAAACUUGAUGCGGCGAACACAAUUAAUGAGACGCUUGGCAAGCUUUCCUUUUUGAGGAGCUCUGGCUUCUCUUUGAAGGCCCAUUCGAGUGAAGAAAACAGAACCUAUCACUUCCUCCACUUGACAUUUCAGGAGUACUUUGCCGCGCUGCAUCUUGUGCGCCAGUGGAAAGCCAACCAAGACGUGGAGCUAUUCAAUCUAUCAAGCGGGGAGAAGACGAUCAUUUCACCAGUCGAGUUCCUGGGGAAAAAUAAAUACAAUCCUCGCUAUGAUAUAGUAUGGCGAUUUGUUGCUGGACUAUUUAGCUCAAGCGAGAAGCCAAAAGAGCUAGAGACAUUCUUCAAGUCCCUCGACUACGAACCACUCGAUCUGUUGGGUUCUUGUCACCAGCGGCUUCCCUUGAGCGAAGCCCACUCCACCUUGAAAUACAGAUUCCAGACAUUGGCGAGUGAGAUAGAAUUUCCCGAGCAAGCUUUGACUGGACUUUUGGAGGAAUGUGAUGAUGUUAGGGCGAUCGGUUACGAGUCAAUGAAAUGGCUCGGCCAGAUACCAUCCCAAUUCAUGGAGCAUUUGAUUUCAAUUCUCGACAAAGAAUCUGAUAAUGCAGCACUGUCACUAAUUGGCCUGCUUGGACGAUCAAGGAACAAGCUAUCUGACGUCGUUUUACGCUCUAUAGCCUCGCGGCUUUGGAGCAAAGUGGACUGCACUGCCGCAACUACUCUAUACGGUCCCGGAUCAGCCGAGCGAAAGUUUCGCUCUAGGGCAUUUCAUGUUCGGAAUAAUCUUUACACGAAUGCCAGUCAAGCUCUACGCAAUAACAAUCUGCCAGUGACGCUUUGGUGUGAAAUUGCAAAGGGCUUGGAGAAAAUGGAUAAAGGAGCCCGAAAGAAAGCCAGCUUUGCGCUAGGCGCCCAAUCAGUUCCGAGCCAGCAAAUAUUGCUCGACUUUGUCAAAAAGUUAGCAGAUUCAUCUGCGGAUGUCAGAGACGCCGGUACACAAUUUUUACGCCACCAACCUCUGUCGCCGGAAGUGCUGUCAUUGCUGGAGGAGAAUAUCAAGUCUGGGAAUCAUAGCACCAUAAUGGCCACACUCAAGGCUCUCAAUGGGCAAUCAAACCUGCCGGGGCGGCUUCUUCCAUUAUUGACGACUAUUUUGGAACAGACAAAGUUGAUAAAACCUGUUUUCGAUGUUUUGUCUCAGAUUUCAAAUCCCCUUGAUGAUCUGUUAAGCGGGAUUAUACUAAAGAAUGACAUCUGGCUCAAGGGGGGUGAUUCCUUCGACAGAUGGUGCAAAAACUCAAAAUUGUCGAAUGAAGCCCUUGGCGUCUUAGAAAGGAAUUUGAUAUCUCCCGCCACAACCCACGGUGCCAGAAAGCUGGUUCUCCAAAUAUUAAAAGCGCAGCCAAAAUUGUCAGACGAUGUUCUUAACGAGAUAGUGAAACACCUUGGGCAUGACAGCAAUCACGUUAGGGAGGCUGCUGUUGAAACCCUCAGUUAUAGGCCGUUCUUAUCCACGGAAAUUGUCAAUGAGAUAGUAGCCAGACUUGAUGGACGCAAUCUCACUAAACGGGCGGCCCUGGAAGUGCUGAAAAAUCAACCCAAUUUGGAGAAAAAUGACCUUGACAGGAUAUCGAAUUGCAUGAAGAGUCAGGACGCCAAAAUCAAGAUAGCCGCCAUCAACGCUCUCAGCGGCCGGCGAUAUCUGUUCGAUUCGCUAGAAACCCUGAGAAGAAUCACGACCUACAUUGAUCAAGCAGACGCGAAAGUUGAAGUAGGAGUCACACCAGGAGUGAUAGCAGCUUCCAUACGGGCUAUCAGUGUUAGCGACCAGUCGGUUUUAAAGAAAAGGCUUGAUUCAAUUGCGUUGCGAAUCAAUGAUGACGAAAAAGAGGUUCGAGAGGCUGUUGUUCAUGUCCUUAUUCAGCAGUCAGACCCAACAAAUGAUCACCUGAAUUUGUUAGCCACUCGAAUUAAUGAUGAGGACAAGAAUAUCAGAUGGGAUGUCAUCCGGUUUCUUGAAAAGCAGGAGGCUCUGGACCAGAAAACUCUUGACACAAUAACCUCGCAACUCCGUGAUUCGGAGAACGUGAGACUUGCACACCCCGUCGAAGUUCAUUUGUUGGUUCAGAUGUUCAUACAAAGGAAGUUGUUGCAUUCAAAUAUCCUCCUUCAUGGCCAUGCCCAUCGAUUCUUGCUACCUAUGUUAAUGCGAAGCUUCAGGGAACACCUAUCGUGGUAUAUUCAAAACGGGAAGUCGUAUCUUGAGAGAGGCGACCAAUCUGGGAUGGCAAUGUCUUUUGAUGAAGUUAAUGUUGAUAACAUCAAGGCUGAGAUUGAAUUAGUUCGAGAACAGCAUGGGAUUCCGCCCGUGGCGAUAUCUUAUCCUUGA